CUAGGCAGCCCGUGGCCCGCCGGGCUCCGCUCCGCGCGGCGCCGGCAGCGGCGGGGGCAAGGAGCUAGCGAGGGAGCCCGCGAGCCCGCGAGCGGAGCGGCGAGGCGGGGAGGGACGCGCUGCCGAGCCGGGGCUGGAGCGGCGGUGGCGGCGGCAGCGGCGGCGGCGGGGGAGGGAGGACCCCACGGACCGACGGAUGCACUAACGGACCGAGCGAGGGAGGGAGCGAGCGAGACUUCGCCGGCGAGGAGUCGCGCGAGCGGACGCUGCUGGGCGCUUCCCCGCGCUGCUGGGCGCUCGGCGCCUCCGCGGUCCCCGGUUCCCGGCCGCAGCUUCCCCACGCGCGCGGGGUGCAGGGCGCGGGGCCCGGGGCUUGCUUCGCCGAAGGGGUCGCUGCAUUAACUCCAAGCUGGUGGCAAAGCAUUUGAGCAGGGGCUGGCCAGAGAGCUGGAGUCACCAUGGCGGCGGGCGUGGCCGCCUGGCUGCCCUUUGCUCGGGCUGCGGCCAUUGGAUGGAUGCCGGUAGCCAACUGCCCCAUGCCCCUUGCUCCUGCCGACAAGAACAGGCGGCAGGAUGAACUGAUCGUCCUCAACGUGAGUGGGCGGAGGUUCCAGACCUGGCGGACCACGCUGGAGCGCUAUCCCGACACGCUGCUGGGCAGCACGGAGAAGGAGUUCUUCUUCAAUGAGGACACCAAGGAAUACUUCUUUGACCGGGACCCAGAAGUCUUCCGGUGCGUCCUCAACUUCUACCGCACAGGAAAGCUGCACUACCCGCGCUACGAGUGCAUCUCGGCCUACGACGAUGAGCUGGCUUUCUACGGCAUCCUCCCGGAGAUCAUCGGAGACUGCUGUUACGAGGAGUACAAGGACCGUAAGAGGGAGAACGCUGAGCGCCUCAUGGACGACAAUGACUCGGAGAACAAUCAAGAGUCCAUGCCCUCGCUCAGCUUCCGCCAGACCAUGUGGCGGGCCUUCGAGAACCCGCACACCAGCACGCUGGCCUUGGUCUUCUACUACGUGACUGGCUUCUUCAUCGCCGUGUCCGUCAUUACCAACGUGGUGGAGACAGUGCCAUGCGGCACGGUGCCCGGGAGCAAGGAGCUGCCGUGUGGAGAGCGCUACUCCGUGGCCUUCUUUUGCCUGGACACGGCCUGCGUCAUGAUCUUCACCGUGGAGUACCUGCUCCGGCUCUUCGCGGCGCCCAGCCGCUACCGCUUCAUCCGCAGCGUCAUGAGCAUCAUCGAUGUGGUGGCCAUCAUGCCCUAUUACAUCGGCUUGGUCAUGACCAACAAUGAGGACGUGUCCGGUGCCUUCGUCACGCUCCGGGUCUUCCGCGUCUUCAGGAUCUUCAAGUUCUCCCGUCACUCACAGGGCUUACGGAUCCUGGGCUACACACUGAAGAGCUGCGCCUCUGAGCUCGGCUUUCUCCUCUUCUCCCUCACCAUGGCCAUCAUCAUCUUUGCCACUGUGAUGUUUUACGCCGAGAAGGGCUCCUCUGCCAGCAAGUUCACGAGCAUCCCCGCCUCUUUCUGGUACACCAUUGUCACCAUGACCACAUUGGGAUACGGAGACAUGGUACCCAAGACAAUCGCGGGAAAGAUAUUUGGCUCCAUCUGCUCCCUGAGCGGUGUCCUGGUCAUUGCCCUGCCAGUCCCUGUGAUCGUAUCCAACUUCAGCCGGAUUUACCACCAGAAUCAGAGAGCUGAUAAACGCAGGGCACAGAAGAAGGCCCGCCUCGCCAGGAUCCGCGUGGCCAAAACAGGCAGCUCUAACGCCUAUCUGCACAGCAAGCGCAAUGGACUCCUCAAUGAGGCGCUGGAGCUGAUGGGCACCCCAGAAGAGGAGCACAUGGGCAAGACCUCCUCACUAAUUGAGAGCCAGCACCACCACCUGCUGCACUGCCUGGAAAAAACCACUGGGUUGUCCUAUCUUGUGGAUGAUCCCCUGUUAUCUGUACGAACCUCCACCAUCAAGAACCAUGAGUUUAUAGAUGAGCAGAUGUUUGAGCAGAACUGCAUGGAGAGUUCAAUGCAGAACUACCCAUCCACAAGAAGUCCCUCCCUGUCCAGCCACCCGGGCCUCACCACCACCUGCUGCUCCCGUCGUAGUAAGAAAACCACACAUCUGCCCAAUUCCAACCUGCCAGCCACUCGCCUGCGCAGCAUGCAAGAGCUCAGCACGAUCCACAUCCAGGGCAGUGAGCAGCCCUCCCUCACUACCAGUCGCUCCAGCCUUAACUUGAAAGCAGACGACGGACUGAGACCAAACUGCAGAACAUCCCAGAUUACCACGGCUAUCAUCAGCAUCCCCACCCCCCCAGCGCUAACCCCAGAGGGGGAGAAUCGGCCAGCCCCUGCCAGCCCAGGCCCCAACACGAACAUUCCUUCCAUAGCCAGCAAUGUUGUCAAGGUCUCCGCCUUGUAAAACCACUGGACAGAGGGCCAGUGUGGGUAGUGGGAGUGAAGGGGGCUGGCAUGUUGGAGGGUGGCCCCUGCAACCACCCCCUCCCCUUUUCCCCACUAUUUCUGCCUGCCCCUGUAUAUCCCUAGCACUGAGACUUGUGCCUGGAGGGAGAAAGAGGCAGCCAAGGGGCACCUGGGCUCACUGCUGCUCGCAUGGACAUAGCCCUGUGACACUGCAUUGCACUGGGGCCAGAGGAAGGGAGGGUGGGCAGGGCAGGGUCUGGGGCAGUGGGGGUAGGGCUAAGAGUCAGCACAGGCCUGGAGAGGGGAGCCUCAGACCAAAUACCAGUUGUUUCUGGAGGUCCCAGUGAGGAAAAUACAAGACCAAGAGCAGCACAGAGGACGAGUUGUCACAUGAAAAACAGGAAGAAAAUAUAACACUGUGUAUUUAAGCACCUUUUUCAAGGCUCUUAAUGGAUAAUAUUUAUUCAUGGGAAAAGGUGGAAAACAAAAACACCAAUGGAUUUUUGUGAAAUGUUUUUCUCCAUGGACCCAGUACCUUUGAACCAAAACAAUGCAUUUUGUGAAGUUUUUUUUCUUUUAUAGCAAGCUUUUAGGCUGUCAGUUAUUGCUGAGUUCUCUUAACAUGUCCCCAAGUGGGUGAGGUCAACUGAGCCUGGGCUCCCACUGCCCAGCUGACCUGCACAGAGCUGCCAGGCGGCCACACAGCAGCACUUACCCUCUGUCUGUCCCUGUCUCCUUUGUGUCUGUACCUCUCUGCUUCACCCCCUGCCUGUUUUUUCUGUGUCUAGCCAUCUGUCUCUACAUGGACCCCAGUGAUCCUGAAACAUGUUAGUAAAACCUCCUCCACUACCAAGCACCUGCAGACUUGUGCCUGAGAAUUACAUUUGGGUGGAUGCAGAAGAGAAACAAUGAAGCAAAAACGUGAGACCUCGGGGAUGCGGGAAGCAUACUUGAUAGAACCAAGUGCUUACCUUGUGGUUGGAAGCACUAGUGUUUGCAGUUUCCAUUUCUGGGAAAGAAAGGGAGUGGUCAGAUUUAUCAUCCUGGGAUCUUGAAAAAGGAAAUUGCCAAUACCUGAGAGAUGCAGUAACUGUGGUGUGUGCCAGCAAGGAGAGAACAGAAGAACCCCGGGCUGGCAGGAUCCAGCAUAGAGCCCAUCCAGAGCUCUGCCAAGGGGCCCCAGGAGCAGCUUCCUGCAGAGAGGGCAGCGGUAUGGGGACCAAGCUUCUGACUUAUGUCAUGCCUGAGGCUGCAGAAGGUUAAACUUCUGUGCCUCACAAGGAUGCUCCAGAGUGUGAAAGCAAGUAAGAGAUUCUAGAUUAUUCUUACCUGGUCUGAAAGAUGCAUUGAGGUCUGGAGUGUCUUCCGGCCUGAUAUCCCUUAAGAUAACUGAAAUGGCGAAGAAACCUGAUCAUCUCCGUGCAAGUGAGGGACUUAGUAUUAUUUAUAGAGAACCUGGACAGCAUCUCUGUUCAAGUGGUUUGCACCCUAGUCCGGCUGAGAACAGCAUUUCUGGAAUCCUAUCCAUUUUCACUACUUAUAGCAGAGCAGGUGGGCCUCAGGGUCAGUGAUAAGCCCCAUCCUGCCCUCCGCAAUCCCCAGCUCCCUAUUGCAAUCUCUCUAGCCUAGGCUCUGAGAUACAAGAGCAACUCAGGAGCUCCUUAUCCAGUCUACUGCUUAGCAGUUAGCUGUUUAAUUGUAGCCCAAGAAUUUGUCUGCCCACCAAAGCCAUCUAGUCAAGUUUUACUAGCCAGGAAAACACCUUCAGUGGGCUUCCCUGUGACCCCAGCUCUAUUGAUUCUGUAGAAAGGAAAGUCAUAGGGCUAUGAGGUGGCACCUAAUCUAAAGGUGAGCAGAAGGGCAGAGGAGAGAGAGCCUUUACCUUUAUGCUAUUCUCCUUAUGCUAUCCUCAUUGACCACUGUCUGAGUCCUUUCUCUUGGGUCUGGCCUCAGGAUUUCCCUUUAACAUGAGAAGGAGGUGGUUCUGGCCCUCUGAGCUUAUGGUAUGAGUAGGCAGAAAAGCUUUACAACUACAGAGGAAGACUGCAACACUCCAGAGAGUAAGUACUUAAACCAAUUCAUUUCAUAGACUUAUCUCUGGAGGGAAAGCAGAAGACUGGGCUGGACUCCAUUAGAGGGCAGGCAAAUGACUAGAAAAGGAAUUUUUCUUUUGUAAGAGUAGGUAAUGGAACACAGGAAUGUCUAAGCACCUAAAGUUUACAACAUAAGAACUGAGCAGGGUAAGGGAUAAAGAGGCAAAUAGAAACAGGGUUGAAUAUAUAUGCAAACUGCCUGUGUUAAGAACAGGGCUUCACAGGAUUAGAAUAAUGACUGAUCUAACCCAGGACCUCUUUGAUAGUGUACCAAGGGAGAAUACUAGUGGCUCCCACAAAA